UAAUAAAAAUAAAUUUAUAAAAUGGCGGAUAUUUCCAAGUGACGUAUGUGUUGUGUUUAUGAAGUUAGAAGAUAAAUUUUACAAAGUGCUGUGAAUAAUUAUUGAAAUAAGAAUUUUUGGACAGGGAUAUUACGGAAUUACCAACAGUAAAUUUGAUAAUGCGGUACACUUGAGGUGUCGAGGUUGUGGUUGAACGGGAUGAAUUCGGACGUACACCGGCACCAGGCACAUCCGCCGCUGGCACAGCACAGUGUACAUGGUGCGCAGAGCGUGGGCCCCUGCGGCUGGUACACCGCGUCGGCAGCGCCCGCGCCCACCGCGCCCGCCCGCCUGAAACGAGCACCACCACCGCUUCAGCUACCCUCGGGUGGGGGAGUCAGCGGAAGCAAUGGUCCUCACGCACCUCUCUCGCCGUCAGCUUUGCAGAACAAUUCCGUCGCUCAUAACAACGUGAUGUCGUCGUCGGUGCGUGCGGCUGCGCCCAGCGGCCCCGCGCCCGCCAUGCACACCUCGCAGACCAACGCGGUUGUCCCCAAGGGGGCUAGCGAUGUGCUGGUAAACUCAUCUGCUCAAAACCCACCGUCUGCGGCUGCCAGACUCGCCAACAAAGCGCACUGGCCAUGGCACCACGGCGCUAUAUCGCGGGAGCGCGCCGAGGCGCUGCUGUCGGGCUCGCCGGACGGCGUGUUCCUCGUGCGCGAGAGCACCAACUUCCCGGGCGACCACACGCUCUGCGUGCGCUUCCGAGGACGUGUGGAGCACUACCGAGUAAAAUGGGCGACAGCACCGGACACGCAGAACCAACGUCUCACAAUCGACGACGAAGAGUUCUUUGACAACAUGAUGGAUUUAAUCCAGCAUUACCUGAAGGACGCCGACGGUCUUUGCACGAAGCUGGAGCGGUGGCUCCCGAAGGCGUCUCCCAAUGGUGCCAACAACAAUAACGUUCUGCAGACGUUCUCACCUCUUCCACAGCAGCCCCCGCCGUACCCCCCAACUCCGAGCGUGUCGAGCGCGCUAAGUUCGGGACACUUCCAACACGCGUUCGCGCAUCUCUCGGCCGACCAAACGGACAGCGCGCAGAAGUUUGUCGAUGCGCGUUGGAUAAUAGCGGAACGGGAUUUAGAAAUCCGUGAAAACAUCGGCAAAGGCGAGUUUGGUGACGUCAUGCUCGGCAUAUUGAACGGCACUCAGAAGGUUGCUGUCAAGAUACUAAAAGACCGGGAGGCGGCUAGCAAAUUUAGAGCAGAGGCAAGCGUUAUGGCUUCUUUGAAACACGAGAACUUGGUGCGGCUGCUCGGCUGCGUGGUGUUCAGCUCCAACGGCAGCACGUGCAUCGUGACGGAGCACUGCGCGCAGGGCUCGCUGCUCGACUACCUGCGCAGCCGCGGCCGGCACUACGUCACGCAGCUCAACCAGAUCAACUUCGCCUACGACGCGUGCUGCGGCAUGGAGUACCUGGAGCGGCAGCGCGUGGUGCACCGCGACCUGGCGGCGCGGAACGUGCUCAUCUCCGCCGAGGGCACGGCCAAGGUGGCGGACUUCGGGCUCGCACGCACCGACGCCGCGCCCGACGACCCCGCCGACGCGCUGCGCGUGCAGGCCAAGCUGCCCAUCAAGUGGACCGCCCCCGAGGCGCUCAAGUACAACAAAUUUUCAAAUAAGUCUGACAUGUGGAGCUUUGGUAUACUGCUUUGGGAGAUUUACUCAUUUGGAAGAGUGCCAUAUCCCAGAAUUCCGCUGGCGGAGGUGGUGCGGCACGUGGAGCGCGGCUACCGCAUGGAGGCGCCGGAGGGCUGCCCGGCCGGCCCCUACGACGUGAUGCGCGCCGCGUGGCACGCCGACCCCGCGCAGCGCCCCACCUUCGCGCACACGCGCCUGCGCCUCGCCGCCAUCCGCGACGCCGCGCACGCGCUGCAGUGAACAGCCGGCUGCGACUGUGGCGGAAAUUAAAUACAUAAUAUAUUAGACUUUAUAAUAAUGUCUAGUGGGCAAUAUGAAGAUGCAAACUGUAUUUUAUUAUAAACGAUUUUAAUAUUUUAAUGUCUCAUGUAAGUCCUAAAUUAUUUUGGUAAAGUUUAAAUACACUUCCUCACUAAAGAAGUAACCAUAGAGUAUAGUGACAUUUGUGUGUAUAGAAGUUAUUGUAAAGUGUAUCGUCGUUCUCGCGGGGCUUUUAGUGGUAGCUUCAUGUUUUAUUUAGGAACAAAGCUUUAUUUUAUUUUCUGUUUUUUUUUUUUUGUUAUUUAAAAAAUGUUAUUACAAAAAUUCGCUAAGCACAAAUUUUAAAAUGCACAAUAUUUUAGCUGUUUCUUCAAACUAUCAUAAUAAAAUAAUGAAUUAUAAUAUAAUCGGAAUUACAUUACUAAGGUUGAUGUCCAUUUGAUUGUUUUCACUGAUUUGUGUAAUUUGUGAUAUUUGUGUACCUAUAAACUUCACUGUUAGCUUGUAAUAAUGAUAAUUAGCACAUAUUUGCACUAAAAGCCCUAUUCAAAUUUUUAAGGCCUAUAUAUAAUGAUGUUAAAGUGCUUGUGAAAUUGCCAGUGUGACGACGUGACCGUAUGUCGGUACAUUAGUACUGUCUAGUCAAAUAACAUUUGUAGUUUUGUUUGUAUCAUAUAUUAUUUUUCCAUUUUAUUUAAAAAAAAAAAACAAUUUUAUGGUGACUGAUCGCAUACAUGUAAACGUGAAUAUAGAAAAAGCUAUAUUGGUUAAUUAAUUAUUUUCUAUUUGCUACAAAUUAAUGUUAAAGAGUUAUGUUAAGUUAUGGAGAGUGUUUGUGCAUGAAUACAACGGAGAUGUUUAUAUGCAACUUAACCAUUGACCUAUAAUAAAAGGAUGCACAAUCAUGUAGAAAAUUUCACUUAAAAACUGGCCAAUUUUGCUUUGACAGUUUUAGAAUUAUUUUUAAAGAAAAUUAUACCUAAAGGCCUUUAAAUAUAGUCCAAUAUUCAAUAAAAUCUCAAAUUCAAGCUUAAGUAUUGAGUUUAAGGUUGAAUUAGCAAAUGCGACUACUUGAAUUGAGUGCCAAGAAGUUGUGUUUGGCACUCAUUGAGGGACGUUUUUUGGUCGCUGAUUGUGCAUCCACUUUAUAAUAGGAGAUCGAUGAACUUAACACUGCCUAAAACUUUAUAGUUCGGUCAAAAUAGCACACUUACAUUUUAAAUUCUUUACCUGGAUGCUAGCGAGACACUGUAGAGACCGGUUAAGUAAACCGGACUACUUAACUGAGAAACUAGAAUAAUAAUAUCAUGCAAUAUAAAUUGUAUAUUUUAAUUGUAUUAUGAUAUACAAGUAAAAUAUACAAAUAUCUUUGUGAGGUAUUUCUAAAUUUUACUCUUUAGGUAUUUUUUAUCAUGGUAAUUUAACUAAAAAUGCGCCCUUUUAAGACAAAUUUUAACAUUGUGUUAUUACUAAACUUUUAAAAUAUUGAUUCAUUCCUUUACAUAAUUAGUGUUAAAGUCUGAUGUAUGUGCGUGCUAAGUUGAUAUUUUUUAAAGAUAAAUAUGAUUACAAAAUUUUUAUGUAAAAUGUAUGUAUACUCAGAGGCACAAUUAUCCGCCCACUUUAAUAUACUCGCGUUAUAUUAAAGUGUGCCUCCUGAGUAUAUAAUAAAACCUCUUAAUGAAGUAGCUUGCGCGAUGUCAGUAGGCGUAAGAUGAUGAGAUAUCUCGUGAUGACAAAAAGCGGUGGGAGGCUUUGGCUAUGGCUAGUUACCACCCUACCAGCAAAGACGUACCGCCAAACGAUUUAGCAUUCCGGUACGAUGUCGUGUAGAAACAGAAAUGGGUGUGGGUUUUCAUCCUACGCCUAACAAGUUAUCCCGCUUCCAUAUUAGAUUGCGUCAUCAGCUGAGAUUGCAGUAAAGAACUAACUUGUAAAGAAUAAAAUGAAAAAAAUAGUGGGUCAUCAGAAAUAUCGCUCCCACUUUUGUUACGAAAGAGAGCGAUAAAUUCGAUUUAGCCGCUAUUGGUCGAUGUUUUUUUAUCUCUUCACGAUAUAUGUCGUUAACGCAUCUAGGCCUACUAAUAUGUGGUUUGGUUACAGUGUUCCGCAAACUUUGAUUAACACCUACGAAAUUUAGACUUUUUUUAUGAUGUAGGUCUGAACCUACAUCAUAAAAAAACAAUGCUUGUUUUAUAUUUAUUUAUUGUUUAAAUGAACAUUAUAUAAAAAUAUAUUUUAUGUGAAAGUUUAAGUCGAUUAGCUUUGAAUAAAUAUGGCUAUGAUUACCUACAAAAUCUUUCUAUAACUUAUGUGACCACAAAAUGCUAAAUUUCCGCGGCUCGCUUUAUUUCUUUUUUUAUAUUCUUUACAAGUUAGCCCUUGACUACAAUCUCACCUGAUGGUAAGUGAUGAUGCAGUCUAAGAUUGAAGCGGGCUAACUUGUUAGGAGGAGGAUCAAAAUCCACACCCCAUAUGGUUUCUACACGGCAUCGUACCGGAACGCUAAAUCGCUUGGCGGUUCGUCUUUGCCGCUAGGUAACUAGUCACGGCCGAAGCCUCCCACCAGCCAGACCUCGACAAAUUAAGAAAAUCUCAAUCUGCCCAGCCGGGGAUCGAACCUAGGACCUCCGUCUUCUAAAUCCACCGCGCAUACCACUGCGCCACGGAGGCCGUCAAAAACGCUCGGAAUACUGACCUAUCGAUAGGGGUAUAUUGAAAUUCGACAAACUAUGUCUGUUUUAAUCGAUUAGUGUGUUUUUUAUGAGGAAAUAAUGUUCAAUUUAGUUUAACCGCCUCGAUGGCGACACACGCACAUAAUUUUUUUGUGCAUACAUUUCGAAUGAUGCAAUUUUCAUUCCGCUCCUUUUGUAAUAAAUAUUGAAGUUGAAAAAAAAACAACAAUUUUCGAUGUUCACGUAUUUAAUAUAUAUAGAUUAUUAUUAAUAUAAGCCCCCAUAUUUAUGAACAUGGACUUUUGGAUUUAAAGUAAAGUGGGCCUUAUUGACUACUGUUAUAUAAAGUUCACUUUGCAUUGAAGAAAUUUGAGGUAUAAAUGCUAAUCCAUGUUUAUGAGUAGGGUCGAAGUAGUGUUUAGUCAAAGUAAGAAAAAAAGUUGUUUGACCAACUGACAGGUUGUGUGCUAAAAUUUAGUAAUUACCGCAUGGUAAUAUAAAAUCAUUAUGCGAUUAUUGUUUAAAUUAAUUGCGCUUGUAUGUUUAAUGUGAAAAGAUAUAUAUAAACAUGACAAGGCGAAGGGAGAGAAUAAUGUUAUGAAUCUCACAUGGGAUUGUGUAAGAAAUUAUUAUCGGAAGUUGUCUGAAGUAUUCUAUGCUUGUAUUUUAAAAAAAUAAUAAUAAAAUGUAUGUUUUUGACAGCACCAAUGCUAUACUGGAGUUUACUUCUUUAUAUUAUUUUCAAUUUGAUAACACUUAUAUGUAUUAUGGUUAAAUAUAGCUUUUUAUUAGGUACAUGAAAUCUGAAAACAAUACAACUAUUUCUCAACACUUAAUUUUAUUUGCUAUCUUAGGUACAGGCUAUAAAUGAAAAUCUAAUCUAAAGGAGUAAACAAAAAUAUUAUAUGUAGUUCUCAUCAAAUAACUUGGCCACUCUGAAAUUGGUGCAAAUUGCUUUGUUUGAAACUGUUGUCAAACAUUGCAUAAUGAAAAAGUCGCAGCUCGUUUAGAGUUUCUACCAGUUCUAUAGAGCCUUGGAAACUAUCAUUCAUUUUCUCCAAUCAAACGUGUUUGUCAAAUAAUCUGAUAAUUAGCGGAUUUUUAUAACGAUCAUUAUCAAACUCUGCUUGACGAAAAUGUCAAUUUUGACAAGCAAGUUUGUCAAAUGUUUGAUAGUUUCCAAUGCCCUAAUAAUCCAGUGCAAAUAUCACCGUACAAAUAGCCUGCUAUAAACUUACAAAUAAUACUAUACUAGGAACCGCUGAACUCCUUCUGUAUGCAGGCUUAAUGACGUACAUAUAACUCGUGCGCAUUAACUUGACGCCUGGUUACCACUGAACAAACGCAGUACAAACAUCAUUCGAGUUAGGUGUCAAGUUAAUCCGCACAAGCUGUACUAAGUGUUUCUUUACAAUACAAGCAUAGUCACUGACGUCGACGCGAACCCAUUGAUAUUUUAAGAUAUUUUAAUGACAGCCGGCUACACAAAUGUUGUAGGUACGCGUUAAUUUUUUUCUUAUGCAAUAUUAGUUGUAAGUGUUACAUUGUUUUUUACGAUUUAUUUAUAAAUUUCUUAAAAUUGAUUAUUAAUUCGAGCCGAAUACGGUCUAUUGGCGGGUCGCGAUUCAUUAUAAUAUAUAAUAAUGUAUGCCUUUUAUCCCUCUCUCUUUAUAAAUCUGUCUGUUAGAUAAAUGAAUUCUUAGUGAAAUUUUCCUAAAAAAAAUUAUGUAAUGAUAUGAAAUAAAAUUACCUAAUUUUUCAAUUUCCGAGCCACAACUAAUAUGAAAUUGCUUAUGAUAAAAUGUAUAAGACUGCAUGUUACACGAUAUAAAAUAUUUAUCAUGGGGAAUGUAAGUAGUAUAACAGUAUUUUUAUUAACUCUUAUUUUUGCACUCGCUAAUAGAUCCCUCCGACUCUUCAUUACAUUUGUGUGCUCACUGAGGAACCAAGUUUCCUUUGUGACUUCUGAUGUAUUUUCCUUCAUCAUAAGCACGCCACGCUAUUAACUUUUUUUUUUCGAAAAUGGCGGCAUUAGUGAUUUUGAGGCCCGGCCGGAUACUAGACGUGCAACAUAACUUGUUCACCAAAAUAUUGUUGCUUAGCAACCAUGCCAAGACUCGGGCCUUGCCCUUCUAUGGUCGCCAUUGCUUCGCGAUACGUUUACCUAUAAUGCUGUUUAAGAAACAGUUUAUUCUGGAAAAUCUGCCCCCCUAGCCAAGUGGCACGUCGAUUCUCUUUCUACGAUCGUUAACGCUUCGAAAACUAGAAAAAUGUAUGGGAAUGACAUAUCUUGACCACGUGACCUGUCGAUAGCAAAUGUCAUUCCCAUAUAUCUUUCUAUCGAAGCGUUUGCGAUCGUAGAAAAAGAAUCGACGUGCCACUUGGCUAGGGUGGCUAAUCAUAAAUAAUGUUCAUUAGUGAAUACAUAGCGUUAGAGUCAUUUUUACCAAAGUAAUUUCAGUUAGCGAAAGUAUAACAUUAUUUUUGCAGUCUUCCUUUUUUAUUUUUUAAUAUUUUGUAAUGAAUAAUAUUUCGGUAAUUUGUACUUUAGUAUAAUAUGAUUAUUGUAUCUAUAAAACGUUGUAUGUAUACAUAUAGUCCAAAGGUUCGUUUUAUUAACCCUAACGACUGAAAUGUGCAGCUGUAAUAGUAUUCCGUGAUUUUAUAUUUUUAAAGGUGUAAAAGUGAAAAAUCUCGUUUUGUUUUUGUUUAUUUUUAAAUUGUAUUAUUUUUAAAAAUGUAAAUACGUGUAACAUUAAGGGAUAAAUGUAUUAUAAGAAACUAUAAAUACA